GUUUAAACAAGGAAGUGUGAUUUUCUAGCACGGAUAAAAACAGAGAAGUAGAAAGAAAAUGAAUUGGAUUGGAAAGAUUCGAACAGAAACUAUAGUUACAGUUGUAAUUUUUUCAGUAAUAGACGUUUUCACAAUCGAUGGCCAAGAAGCUUCCUUUAAUUGGUUUGAAGCACAGGAGAUAUGUCAAGGUCGUGGAUUAACUACAGAAACUACUGGAUUAAGUAACAAAGAUUCAUGGACCGGACGUUACAUAAGAUUAUCACAAUGGAUAAAAAUAAUUGGAUGUUAUCCAGAUUCUAACAUCACAAAUCAUUAUCCAAGGGUUGUUGAGAUCAUGGAAAGAAAAUCCGUGGGAGCUUGUCAAGAAAUUUGUAAAAAUGAAAAUUCAUCCACAUUUGCUGUUAAAUUAAAUAAAUGCACCUGUUUAAAAGGCCUAGUCAAUUUUGACUAUAUGUUUGAAUAUUCACCUUCACACUGUAACUACAGUUGCGAUAGCAUUGACGAAAUCUAUUCCAGAGAAUGUGGGGGAGAAACUGCUUACAACGUUUAUAUUUCUGACCAAGAUGACAGUAUUAUGACGAAUAAAAGCUGUAUGUUGUUACAAUGUGAUCAUGAAAGACGAGAUCCAAAAUUCAUAAGCAGUGAUUGCUCGCAUUACUACACCAAAAUUUGUCUAAAGCAAAACUCAUCAAAUGAACAACAUAUUGCUUCAAAUUGGAGUCACUCUAUGGAAAGGUGUAAACGGUCAGAACCAUCAUCUUAUAUGUAUGGAAAUUUGGACCUGACAAACGCAAGCGGAUCUUGCUUGAGCAUACCAAAUGGAAAUUCUGAUGUAAACUGGAUUGGAAUAGCACGUCAGAGCUAUGCAAAGAUAGAUCAAGGCUGGAUAAUAGAAGACUACGAGAAGGCAUAUUUCAUGCUAUGUCAAAAAUGUAGAGCUGGCAAAUGCACGUUUUCCUCAUGUACGGAUAAAAUAAAUACUAAACCAUUUUGUUCCAUUAAAAUUCAACAGAUUUGGAUCAAGAUUUUACAACGAUCAUAUCCUCACCCCAGUCUUUAAAACCAGGAGAAACAGCAACAACGACAAUUUCAUCAAUUUCUAAAAACGAAGAACAGUCAUCAUGGAUAAAUGAUACAAGCACGUUAUUUAAUCAUCAGGAAACAAUUAUUAAUACAUCUGGUAAAA